GGGCGCCCCCUCCCCCCCCUAUUGCCCCCUCCCCCCCUCCCCGGGGCGCCCAUGGAGCACCAGUCCAUCAUCGCCCAGGUUAGCAGGGAGGAGGGGAGCGCUCCGCUGCAGGAGAAAGGUACUCAGGCUCCAGCCAAGAAGCCUCGGAGCCGCAGCAUUCUCCAGUCGCUGUUCUGCUGCCUGUGCCGCGAUGAAGGGGAGCCCUGUGCCACCACCACCAGCGCCCCGCUGCUGGUGGAGGAGAACGGGGCCCUGCCUAAGGCUGCUGUCAAACACCUCCUGCCUGAGAUCAAGCCACAGGAUGCCAGCAAGCUGUGUGUGGUCAUUGACCUGGAUGAGACGUUGGUGCACAGCUCCUUCAAGCCAGUGAACAACGCUGACUUCAUCAUUCCUGUGGAAAUAGAUGGCAUCAUGCAUCAGGUGUACGUGCUCAAGCGGCCGCAUGUGGAUGAGUUCCUGCAGCGCAUGGGCGAGCUGUUCGAGUGUGUGCUCUUCACCGCCAGCCUGGCCAAGUACGCAGACCCCGUGGCUGAUCUGCUGGAUAAGUGGGGGGCUUUCCGGACGCGGCUCUUCCGGGAAUCCUGCGUCUUCCACCGGGGCAACUACGUGAAGGACCUGAGCCGCCUGGGCCGCGACCUGCGCCGCAUCAUCAUUGUGGACAACUCGCCUGCAUCCUACAUCUUCCACCCCGAUAAUGCUGUGCCGGUGGCCUCCUGGUUCGAUAACAUGGCAGACACAGAGCUGCUGGACCUGCUGCCCUUCUUCGAGAGGCUCAGCAAGGUGGAGGAUGUGUACGCAGUGCUCAAGAAGCAACGGACUAACAGCUAGUGGGCCCCACCACCGCCACUAGGUGCUGCCUGCGGUGGGGCGGGGCACUGCUGUGGCAGCCAGGUGCCUUAUUUUAGGAGCAGAAGGGGUCCCAAUGUGCCCUCCCCCACCAUCGUCCUUCUCAGCCCCGGUGGGCAUAAAUGCCUGCUGGUGGUGGGAGAUGUAGGUGCCCUCACUGGGGAGCUGAGCAUCCCCCUUUGUGGAGGAGGGGGUCUGUGGGUGACCCACUGCCUUGCUGUGCUGGGGAACUUGUUGAGGGGGAGGGGGUGUCUCAUCCUCCCCUACUGUCUUAUCCCCAUUCCCCCUCCUCAAAACGGUUCUCAGGUCCUUUUCCCCUCCAUGUGCCCCUAAGUGGGGAAGGGGAAUCAGCAGCUGCUGCGUUCCACUGCCUUUGGGGGAGACCUGGGCUCCCCAUCCAGCUCUGCCUGCCAGGGGCCUGCUGGCCCUCGGUCCCUAUCUGCAAGGGAGCACAAGAAGGGUUAACCCCUCACAGCCCGACAAAUGCAGGGGUCCUACUGGCCUUGGUGCAUGGAGCCAUCACCGCACCCUUAAUUCUGACCUUGGUGCAGCUGUGGGGGGAGAUCUGUCCCUACCCCCUCCUCGUGCCUUCUGCUGCCCCCCUGCCUAGGGGUUGUGUUGUAGUGGGCAGCCUGGUCUCAGACCCAAGUGUCUGGCCACAGAUGCCACCCAGGUGCCUUGGGACACCACAUCUCCAAACCCCACCUUCCUUUCGAAGGGUGUGCCUGUGGGGGCUCUUAACUCACCCUUCCCAACCUCAGUUUCUUGCCGGGGGGGUGUUCUGGUGGCCUCCCUCCCUCCCUUACGCUGUCAGUCGCAGCCACUCCAAUCACCAAAGGCCCCAGUCCCUUAUGGGGGGAGGGAGGGGAGAGGGGAGGGGGCUACACACUCCUUCCCCAUCCUUCUGCACCUCCGCCAAAGGCUGCAGAUCGUAAGGGGGGAGACCCCCGUGCCAGCCUCAGUGUGCUCCCACCCAAGCCUUACUCCAGCCAGGACGCAGGGCUGGGGGGCACUGUGGGUUCCCUCUCCCUGCAGCCUGGGGUUACACUGACCCCUGUGGGGUUGGGCUUGUGCCAGGGUGUUUCCCAGCCUUGAGGGGCUGGGGGCUCUCAGGGAGGGUUUGGGGGGAGGGAGGGCUGAGCUCAGACAGGCCUUUUUUAGCAUCGUGAUCUGGGCAACGCCUCGGAUCUUUUUAGGGGGAAAAGCAACAGUUGCCCAGAAAGUCACAGACGCCUUUUAUUGCCGUGCCGGGGAGCAGUAUUUGGAGGUGGGGGACGGGGGAGGGGUGAGGGGUUUUAGCUCUUCGGUGCUGUCUGGCCACCUCCUACCGGCACUGCCUUUUUGCCAACACUGGGUGCUGGAGGGCAGGCCUGGGGCAACCCUUGCCUGCCCUCGCUGCAGCCUCCAUGCCCUGCCUCAUGGCAGGGGGAUGGGAUGGGGGGAUACUGUGGCACCCCUGGCCUCCUGCCUGCCUGGGGCCUCAUUCUGCCCCUCCAGGAGGGUUAACUCAGCACUUUAUAUUAGACAAGUCAAAAUGGCACCAGCGAAGCCUGCUGCCUGGCAAGCAUCCGUGGGUGCUGCAGUACCUGAGGGACACAGCCCCCACGCUGGGCAGCACUCUUCAGCGGUCUCGGGGGGGGGCAGAGGCGGUAUUGGGUGGGGCGGGAAGGGCUGAGGGACCAGAUCCAAGUGCCUUCAUGUGAUUAAAGCUGUCAAACCAUCUUGGAAAGGGAAGUCUGUCUCUGUGUGUAGGCACGUGCCACCUGCAUGUCAGUAGUGGGUGUGCACAGUGUUGGGGCAGA